GUCUUUGGCGUCGACCAGUUCAUUUUCAUUUCCAUCCGCCACCAGCAUGAGCAGCAUUGUCGCCGCAGCCGAAGCCCGUACGCAGGGCUACAAGGCGCAGAUUGCGCAAAGCAGCGCGGUUGCCGCCACCGACCUCCAGCUGCCGGCGCCGGCGACCAAGAUCGUCGGCAAGGUCCGGGACAUCUACGUGCUGCCCGAGCGCAAGCAGGUCGUACUCGUCUCGACGGACCGCCAGAGCGCGUUCGAUCGCCAGCUCGCGUCCGUGCCGUGCAAGGGCCAAGUGCUCACGCUCACGAGCGCGUGGUGGUUCAAGGCCACAGAGCACAUCGUGCCCAACCACGUGAUCGCGACGCCGCACCCGUCCGUCGUCGUCUGCAAGCAGGCCAAAGUCUUCUCGGUCGAGUUCGUUGUGCGUGGCUACAUCACUGGCUCGACGUCGACGUCGAUGUGGACAAACUACGCCAAGGGCAGCCGCGACUUUUGCGGCCACAAGCUUGCGGACGGCUACGUCCAGCACCAAAAGCUGCCCGAGAACCUCGUCACGCCCACGACCAAGGACGACGUGCACGACGAGCUCAUAUCGGGCAAGGAGGUCGUGUCGACCGGGCGCAUGACGCAGGCGCAGUGGGACUACUGCCAUCAAAAGGCGCUCGAGCUCUUUGCGUUUGGCCAAGCGACGGCUGCGAAGCGUGGUCUCAUCUUGGUCGACACCAAGUACGAAUUUGGUGUUCAGGAAGACGGUACGAUCCUCUUGAUUGACGAGAUUCACACGCCCGACUCGAGCCGCUACUGGCUCGCAGCCUCGUACGAAGCGCGCAUGGCGGCCAAGGAGAGCCCGGAGAACAUUGACAAGGAGUUUUUGCGUCUCUGGUUCAAGGACAACUGCGACCCGUACAAUGACCCAGUGCUGCCGGCCGCGCCGACCGACCUCGUUCAGGAACUCGCCCGUCGCUACAUCCUCCUGUUUGAGCUCAUCACGGGCAACACGUUCAACUUUGAGUCGCCCGACCUCCAAACGGCGAUGACGGCGUUUUACCAGCACUAAACGAUUCAAUACUAUGUACUUGGGCCAAUAAAUACACUGUCACUACCGGU